AUUGCGGCAUCGGGCCACUAAUCGUUGACCCUCCACUAAACCCAUGUAGCCCAUGAUUCUGAAUGACCUCAUCGCAGUCUCGUGCGACACCUCCGCACUUGCUUGUGCCGUCUGGACCUCCGACUAUCGUCAAGUUCGACUGGCUCGACUGGCUAUCCCGUACCUGUCGUACGUGUCCCUUGUCGGUCCUUGUCGGUCCUUGACUUGCGUGAAAACCUGCUCUUGAUGCAACAGAAACUUUCAUAUAGUGGGCUGAGUGUCCCACGUAUCCUCCGCAAUGUCACAUAACACUUAAUGUUUGUCUGGUGAACGCUCUCUCGAGCACGCCGUAUUUCUGAGUAAGGAUAGGUGUUUCGUCUUAUCAUUGGCCUUAAUCAUCAUCACAAUCACUGGCCUUCGUCCACUCGUAGCCACUGGGACGAACAAGUUCGAUUGGGGGUGAUACCGCGCUUGUAUCACCAAUGCGGUACCAACAUGUCGGACCAAGAUGCCUUCGAUCAAAGUGAUGCCGCACCACGCAGGGUCUACGGAGGACCUCACAGCGGAAAACACCCUAUCCCGACGGUACAGGGAUACAGGCAGCACCGGAAAGAGCUAGGUGAUCAAGUCCAGGAAGAAGAACAAGCCCAACGAGGCCCAGAGGAUGAUUCGAAAACGAAGAGAGCCUUCCGCUCGGCUAAAGCCAUCUUCAAAGACGAGGAUGCUGAGUAUCAAAAGAACAGUCACGACCCAUAUCCUUCCGCUAACCUCAGCAACGCCGAGUCCGAGUUCAAAGCUACGUCUAAUGAGGACACUGCCCAAACCCAGAAAACAGGGCCGUCGUCUUCAGACCAAGAUUCACGACAAACUGCUGAAAGAGAUGCGGGGAAGCAUGGAAAGCGCAAGGGCAAUGCUGAUGAGAAAUCAGCGACUGAGGCUGCUGCAGGGACAUCUGAUCCGAGAGAGAAACGGAAAGCGAUGAAGAAGAAGCAGAGGCAGGGCGAAGGCAGAGAGGUUACUGACCCGGUAACACAUCUGCCCAUCGUCAUUCACGACCAGACCGGAAAAGAUCUUGAUUCCGUACCCGAAAACGAGCCUGAACCCGGAACACAUCACACUACGGCCAGUGGCCCCGCGGGUGCUUCCAAGUCGGAGGAAAAAUUACGAACGGAGCAAGACACAGUUCAACGAGUUCACAACGGCAUGAUCCGUGUUUUCCCACCGCCAGACUUCGAGAGCACAAAGCAGGAGCUCGCUGUCAUUUACAAGAACGCCGUCUAUACUGGCUUAUCCAUAAUCGUUGCGCUUGUAACUUUCUUUUUCAUCCUACCUGUACCCUUCGCUCAUAAUAAAGGUCCUGAACUUUCCGAUACCAACAGUCACGGGCUCCCUUCCUUUUCAACGUUAUUGAGUUUUACUGUGUUCUUGGGGCUCGGGGCGGCAACUGUUGUAGGAAUGGGUCAAUGGGUAAAUAAAAAGACUAGCGAGAUAUUUGAAGAUGAAACUUGGGAUGCUUCACUCAGGCAGGAACAGGCCAUUGUUAAGAGCGACGAAGAAUUGCCCGAGUCUGCACAUUGGCUCAACAGCUUCAUCGGCUCCAUUUGGCCUCUAGUCAACCCAGACCUUUUCACCUCUCUCGUGGACCAGAUCGAGGAUGUUAUGCAGGCAUCUCUCCCGAAAGCUAUCAAAAUGGUGAGCGUGGAUGAUAUGGGCCAAGGAAGUGAAAGCGUACGUAUUCUUGGCGUGCGGUGGUUACCAACUGGUGCAGCAAGUCAAAGCGUCGGAUCGGACGGGCAAUUGCACAAGGGCAACGAUGCCUCCGAAAGUGAUCGGACUGAUCCUGGGAACUCACAAGAGGUAAAUAGUGAAGACCACAGCAACGACGAUUCAAAAGUUUCGAGAAAUAAUGAGAGUUCACAGCAGCAGGAACAGGAUGAGGCUACCCUGCGCGAAGGCAUGGAGGCGGAAGAAGGGGACUUCGUCAACCUAGAACUCGCCCUCGCUUAUCGAAGCCGCAGUUCUAGCAAGUCCUUCCGAACCAAAGCGAAGAAUGCGCACCUGUACCUCAAAUUCUAUCUUCCGGGUGGUAUAUGCGUCCCAGUAUGGGUCGAGCUUCGAGGCAUCGUUAUGACGCUUCGACUUCGGCUUCAACUUACUCCCGACCCCCCUUUCAUUGAACUGUGCACCAUGACAUUCCUUGGCCAGCCGAAGGCAAGCAUCUCGUGCAUGCCAUUAUCCAAACAUAGCUUCAGCUUAACAGAUGUUCCUCUCAUCUCGUCUUUCGUCAAUUCUGCCAUUGAUGCUGCCCUGGCUGAAUAUGUUGCUCCGAAGAGCCUGACUUUGAAUCUGAAGGAUAUGCUGGUUGGCGAGGACUUCAAGAAAGACACAACUGCUGUUGGUGUGGUUUGGAUCUUCAUCAAACGCGCAAGCGGCUUCAAGCAAGGUGAUGCUGGCAUCGGUCCUAUCCAAGGUAGCAGCGAUGCCUACGUCACUGUUUCUUGGGGGAAAUUCGGUAAAGCCGUGGCCUCGACGCGUAUUGCGAUUGGCGAGAACGAACCUAGUUGGCAUGAAUAUGCCAGCAUACUUGUUACGCCGGAAGAGGUCAAUGCCGACGAGAAACUGCGAUUGCAACUCUGGGACUCGGAUAAAUGGACGGCAGACGACGAUCUAGGGCGGGUGGAAGUAGACUUGAAGGACCUCAUGCACAAGCCAGAGACACUUAAUAAGAUGCAGAGCCGAGAGGAUGGCUUUAGUGGCGAGAAUGUUGAGGAGGAUAUGCCUGGCUCCCUGGUCUGGUCGGUUGGGUACUUCACUAAAACACGAAUCACGAAACAGCAGCUCGAGGCGCAAACUUUUAAUGAGAGUAUACGGACGAAGGAUGAACUUAAGAGACAUGUCUCCGUGACUGCCGAGAGGAAGCUGAGAGAAGCCAACAAGCCUCCAGAUGAUGAAGAAGUCAAGCAACAGAAGACACAAGAUUAUCAUGAGCUUGAAAACUCCAUGAUUGUGUCGGCGCCUCCCAGCACCGAGUUUAUCUCGGGCGUUCUCAGCGUACAAAUACACAAUAUUACAGGGCUUGAGAUUCGAAAACUUCAAAAGGAAGAUAAGAACGACGCUGGCGAUCAAGAAGAUGAGGCCGAACAUGCUGAUGAUAUGCCCAACAGCUACUGCACUAUCAUUCUAAACCACAAAAAGAUCUUCAAGACUCGCACGAAGCCGAAAAACUCCAAGCCAUUCUUUAAUGCCGGUACAGAGAGAUUUAUUCGUGACUGGCGUGCCACCGAAGUCAUCGUCAGUGUGCGCGAUGCGCGGGAAAGAGAAGAUGAUGCCCUGAUAGGAUUGGUGUAUCUCCCACUUUCAAAAAUAUUCAAAGACCGAAGUCAGGUAAUGGGCAACUAUUCACUCGUGGGAGGCGUGGGGUUCGGUAAAGCACGAAUCAGCAUGGUCUGGCGAAGUGUGAAUGUCAAACUCCCUCCUCAAAUAAGUGGGUGGGACUACGGUACUCUACAAAUUCGAGGGCCAGUGAGACCGAAAAGCGAUUUCGACAAUGGACUUACCAGUCACCGAAUCAAAAUCAGGACAAACACUGGGCGGAUCAAGUUGUAUCCUAGCGAUGGAGCAUGGAAAGGAAAAGGGGGCAAAGAACCCCAGGACGCAUUCUUGGCUGUCCGAAAGCGAUACUCGUCAGCAAUGGUCGUUGAAUUUCGCCAGUCGUCACUCGGGUCUGACAAGACAUCUGCUUUUGCGGUUCUCUGGCUGCAUGAGCUUCGAGACGAGGAGGAUGAGACAAAAUGCCUGAAAGUUUGGAAAGGCAACAAAAAAAGCUUUCACAGGGCGCAGACAUGCUGUGAAUUCGACGGAUCGGGCAGCAAAGACGAAUUACUCGGCGAGAUCGAGGUGAACGUGCGUUUCUGGCGUGGAUUAUCGGGGUAUCACAAGAGUUAUGCGGCGCGGUCGAAGAACGAAGACAUGAGGAACGUGAUGGAGUGUCUGGACACGAUCUCAGACGAAGGGUUAGAAGGGGACAUCGACGACGACACAGAUUCCGAGACAGAUUCGACAGGUAACGAGGGAGAAAACAACGACGACACGCGUCGGAAGAAGCUACGAAUGCACACCAACGAUGAUUCAACGCCCUCCUCCACAGACGACGAAGACGACGGCAAAGGAUCGUCAGCGUCAUCUUCAUCUACGAAUCUUUCGCUCUCGGAUUUCAAAAAGGUAAAGAAUAUCUUCCGGAACCCAGUCGACGGGGUCACGGAGGCGGCGACCAGCGUCCUCGCGCCGGGACAUAACGACUCGGAAGACGGGACGAGAGGGCUCAGGGGCCAGAUGCGCGAUUACAAGGACCAUUAUAAACAGCUGCAUCGCAAGCAUCGCGGCAUCAUGCAGUGGCGUGCGGCGAGAGAGGUCAAUCAUAUCGGGGGCAAGGUCACGAGACUUAAAGGGAAUGUUGGUGGGCUGUUUAGGCAUGAUGAUAAGGAUGGUGGGAUUGAGACUGAGGUUUAAAUUGGGGGUGUGGGAGUUGUGAGGAUGGAGAUGGCUGUAUGAUGAUGUUAUGGAUAGCGGGAAUGGUCGUGUAGUAUAUUGUAGUAUCUAAUCAAGUUUACUUAUGCCUUGACUUUGGACGUAGACA